AUGUCCCCUUCUAAUACACUAACCUUGCUCCAUUUCGGCGCAGGUAACCACGCGGAAAACCCCGAGAAAUUCAAGCGAUUGUUCAGAAGGGCCUUGAAGUCGAGAUUCCCGCAGCCAGACGGAGCAGAUCACGUUGUCUCGCAGAUUCGCCAGCUGAUCGCCGUUUCCUCUGUAAUAGAGGAUAGUUCGCUGACCAACACAGGCGUGACGUCCUCAAUUGCACGAGAUGGGUCGAUCCAGUCCGACUCGAGCAUCUUUGUCUACGACCGAAUAGCCAAGAAACACAACCAAUCGUCGCUGCUGGCUAACACGGCAGCACGGCCCAUUACUGAGUGUGCGUACCAGUAUUUUGCGCAGCAGAAAAAAAACGAGCUUGGACUCACACCCCCAGUGACCCUCGUGGGGGUGACUGACCAUAAUAUGAAGAUCAAUGGCCGCAUGAACCAGCUUUUCGAAAAGUACAGAAACGAGCUUGACCGUAUAGACUCGGUCGAGAAAAAAAUAGCGUCCUCCAUAAUCACAGACACCAUCGGCGUUUCGGUGAUUGACAAGCGCGCAGCGUCCACGGGGGUCUCGUCGGGCGGCAGUCUGUUCAAGAAACCCGGCAGAAUUGGCUGUUCGGGCGUAGUCGGGGCCGGCUGCUACACAGCACAGAAAGAUGGCGCCCUGGUCAAUGUUCUAUGUUCGGGAAACGGCGAGGACAUUAUCCAGAUGGACCUUGCGCGGUCUGUAUGUCGGCACAUUCUUGCCAAUUGCCACUGCGGGCGCCUGGUAUGCGACCUCGCCGCAGAGGCGGUGUACGACGCAGCACAGGAGGUCGAUCUGCGGGCCCUGGACGACCACUUUAAUCCGAGACUAUACGUCGGAGUAGUUGGCUAUUUUGAGUCGCCGGACCAGUUCCGCACGGUUUUCUAUUUCCACACCACAGAGACAUUUGUGUUUGGUUACGCUACGGGCCUGUCCAGUGAAUUUUGCUUUAGCACACGUCCGAAAUUACAGGCUGCCACCAAAGGCCAAAUGUACGUUAAAUAA